CUAUGCGAAACUGUGAUUUUGUGAUGUGUUUUGAAUUAAACAUUUUAAAUUGUAUUUGGAUACAAUUGGAAUUUUGCUUUUAAAAAGCCAUGCCAACGCGAGAUUACAAGCGUCGGAAACAAAUCUAGGCGGUGGUGUACCGCCCCUGCGCCGUGAGAUGCGCGAGGCUGCGAGGCGGAGCCAUGGACUGCUACAUGCCCAACAACCCGCAGUACGGGCUGGCGGAGUACUGCCCCGGCUGCCACGGCCUCUGCUGCGAUCCCCUGCAGCCCUGCACCUGUGUCGAUCAAGUCAGAGAGUUCGCGGAAGACGAGUGCUGCCAGCAGGAAACCGAAAACUGCUGCCCGGAGAAUGGAGAGGAGCUGGGGGCACUGGGCGAGUCGCUGCCGUGCGAUGUGAGCCUGGCGCCAGCGGGCGACACCUGGCCCGACGAUAUGGCCUCGUUCUCCCUGCCGCCGCUAGAUCUCGAUCCCCUACCCUCACUAUUCCCGUUCUCACCCUGCUCCGGGUACAACAGGAACAGCGGCGGGGAGUGCAAAGAGCGGGGCGGGGGAGAGGCGGCUGACGUCCUCCUCUCCCUCAAGCACGCCGUGGUGCACGGAGACUGCGCUACCGAGAGCGUACACCCACAGAUGAUGAUGAACGGCAGCGGGGGUUAUCCGUACUACGAGCACUAUAGCGGCGCCCCCCUCUUCCCAACCAUGAGCGUCAAUGUGUCCAUGAACAUGACCAUGCACGGCUGUCCACCUGAUCAGCUGUGCUCACAGGUACAAUGGAACCAGAACGCGUCAACGCCAUCUGUCAACGUAGUAUACCCUCAAGCUCAAAAUGUCAUCAGCCCCACAUCCUAUCCAUCAGCUACGUAUUCUUUCACAGCUGACUUCAGACCGCCCAACCAAUCAGAUCCUCUAAUCACCGCCUCUUCCACAUUCAAACCAUUACAACUUCAAAACUCACAGAAGACCAACCCCAAUUAUUCUUUAUUCCAACAAAAACCCAAUUAUACGAGUCAGAAGAUGAUAGGACCGGUGAUUAAGAGAUCACCUCCCAAGAUGUACGUGCAGGAAGGUCAGAAAGACCAGAAUAUAAACAAUGGAUAUACGGUACUCAAUCACCCAGGUCAGGUCCACUCACAGGACUACGGGUACGCGGCUUGCGUUAAUUCUCCAGGCAAAGUUCAGGUUGGCGCUUUGAGCGGUUGUUCGGAAGACGACGAACAGAAGCCGAACUUAUGCCGCAUCUGUGGUAAAACAUACGCGCGGCCGAGUACACUGAAGACGCACUUACGGACGCACUCCGGUGAAAGACCAUAUCGCUGCCCUGACUGUAACAAGAGUUUCUCGCAAGCCGCCAACUUGACAGCGCAUGUCCGGACUCACACCGGCCAGAAACCGUUCAGAUGUCCUAUUUGCGACCGACGGUUCAGUCAAAGCUCUAGUGUAACUACUCAUAUGCGGACACAUUCCGGUGAAAGACCGUAUCAGUGUCGAUCGUGUAAGAAGGCGUUUUCGGACAGUUCGACGUUGACGAAACAUUUGAGGAUACAUUCAGGAGAAAAGCCGUAUCAAUGCAAACUUUGCUUGCUUAGGUUUUCUCAAUCUGGCAACCUCAACCGUCACAUGCGCGUCCACGGCAACAUGUCAGGCGGAGUGAUUGGCUGACAUCUACAGAAGUGCGGUCUGCCGGCCGUAUACUCUUACAUAUAGUGCAAUAUUUCUUGCCCAAUACUAAACAUUUUAUAAUCUGUUAAGAUGUAGUUUAAAGUGUAUUUAAAACUCGUAG